AUGGGCGGCAAGACAGAGAGUCUCGACGGGGCGCGAGAUGUCAUUGCUCCAGAGAAGGCCGAGAUUGCCAUCCAUGAGGAGGAUGUGCUUGCGAGGAAGAUGACGAGGAAAAUUCUGUGGAAGCUCGACACAAGGGUCCUCCCAGUGCUCGCCCUGCUAUUCCUCUGCUCAUUUCUCGACCGCACCAACGUCGGCAAUGCCAAAAUCCUCGGUCUCGAGGACGAUCUCGGCAUCAGCAACGACCAAUACGCCAACGGUCUUGCCAUCUUCUACGCCUUCUACAUCGCCUCAGAGGUGCCGUCGAAUCUGGUUCUUAAACGAGUCACGCCGCGGAUCUGGCUGCCACUAUUGACCUUCCUCUGGGGUGUCGUCGGCAUGUGUCUCGGAUUCGUCCGGAACUACGGCGACUUCCUCGCCGUCCGCGCGCUGCUGGGCUUGACUGAAGGUGGUCUCCUACCCGGCAUGGUCCUCUACCUGUCGUCGAUGUAUACCCGAGCAGAGCUAGCUCUACGCAUUGGACUCUUCUACACCACAGCCUCCCUCUCCGGAGCCUUCGGAGGUCUACUGGCCCGUGGCCUCAGCGCCAUCCCCACCACAUCCGGCGUCGAUGCCCAAUGGAGGUGGAUCAUGAUCAUCGAAGGCGUCCUCACCAGCGUCGUCGGCGCUCUGGCCUUCCUCGCCCUGCCAAACUCCGUCGCCACCGCUAGCUUCCUCUCCCCCGAGGAACGCGAGCUGGCACAGAAGCGCCUCUACCUAUCGCACAACACCUCCCUCCCCCGCGCCACCGGCCCCCCGGAGCCCGAGCGCUUCAGAUGGUCCGAGGUCGUCCGCGGCCUGACAUCACCCCAGCUCUGGCUCAGCGGCACCGCCUACUUCGCCAUCCUCAGCGGCCUCUACUCCUUCGGCCUCUUCCUGCCCUCCAUCGUCGUCAGCCUAGGCUACGAAGCCAACACCGCCCAACUCAUGACCGUCCCGCCCUACGCCGUCGCCGCCGCCAUCACCGUCCUGGUCGCCUACCUCUCGGACCGCCUGCGCGCCCGCGGCAUCGUCAUGCUCUUCACCCUCCCCAUCGCCAUCAUCGGCUACGCCGCCAUCGCCAACGUCGGCGACGACGCCAACGCCGUCAAGUACGGCAUGGUUUUCCUCAUGGCCACGGGCCUCUAUGCGUCUGUGCCGCCCAUAUUGGUGUGGAUCUCCAAUAACUCCGCCGGCCACUACAAGCGCGCCACCACGACGGCCAUGCAACUCGCCAUCGCAAAUUGCGGUGGGUUCGUGACGACCUUCAUCUAUCCGAACAAGGAGAAGCCGAGUUACUUCAAGAGUCACAGUAUCGUGUUGGGGCUGUUGUGCUAUGCUUGGGCUGCCAUUCUGUGCAACGUUCUAUACUGCGCGAAGAUCAACAGGGACAAGGCUGCAGGGAAGUACGACAAAUACAGCGGCCUUGGUGAUGAUCGGGAGCCGACGUUCAAGAUGGUCUUGUGA